GUGCACCUAUCACCAAUCCAGCGCUCUCUUUUUGUUUUGUCUGUCUCUGACUGUACAGUUCUCGCCAAAUUCCCAAACAAGAUCGCCCCCUGGAAACACGGCCUAGGAGCCCGCAGCCGCGGCCGCAGCUUUUUCUACGCUCUGGCCGAAGAAGCAGCCAACAACCCCAAGCAGCCGCAGUGCUACGCCAGGAAACUGUUCGAUGAGGCGCCAAAAUACAACCUGACGCCGGAAGAGAUCGCGUCGUUGGCCGGCAAUCUGUUCGGUGCCGGGAGCGACACAUCUAGUUCCACGCUGAUCACGUUCGUGCUGGCCUGCUGCGCUUUUCCGGAGACGCUGCCCAAGGCCUGGGAGGAGCUGGAUCGGGUGGUUGGUCACCAUCGCAGUCCGACGUUUGACGACGAGCCCAAUCUGCCGUAUGUCAAGGCGUUUGUGAAGGAGGUGUUGCGGUGGCGGUCUGUCGCUAUCAUUGGCGGGCAGCCUCAUGCUCCAAUACAAGAUGAUUAUUACAAGGUAGGCAGACCCAUCUGGCUGUAUAAGUUGCAGACGUGCUGA